UGCCGUUAUUCACCGUAGAAGAAGAAAGGACGCAAACAACAUGGCAGCGUCCACAGAACACGUUGAAACCGCAUCCACAGAUCCAGAUCCUCCAGAAAUCACCAGAGACCCAGAAACCUCAGACUCGGAACAGACAGGCCAGGACCCAGACCCGGAUGAUGACGAAGACGAGGACGAAGGCGAGCCGCCCGGGCCGAAGAUCCGAGACACCCCGGAGGACAUCCGACUGGAGGCGAUCGCCAACACGGUGGCGCUCCACCCGAGCAGGGACAUCCUGGUGUGCGGGGACGUGGACGGGGACGUGUACGCCUACUCCUACUCGUGCACGGAGGGGGAGAACCGGGAGCUGUGGUCGUCCGGACACCACAUGAAGUCGUGCCGCCAGGUGCGCUUCUCCGCGGACGGACUGAAGCUGUACAGCGUCUCCCGGGACAAGGCCGUCCACAUGCUGGACGCGGAGCGGGGACAGCUGGUCACGAGGAUCCGCGGGGCGCACGGGGCCCCCAUCAACAGUCUGCUGCUGGUGGAUGAAAACAUCCUGGCGACAGGAGACGACGGGGGCACCCUCAAGGUGUGGGACAUGAGGAAGGGGACGGCCAUCAUGGAUAUGAAACACCACGAGGAUUACAUCAGUGACAUCACUGUGGACCAGGCCAAGAGGAUCCUACUCACUGCCAGUGGUGAUGGUACCAUGGGCGUCUUCAACAUCAAGAGGCGGAGGUUCGACCUGCUGUCGGAGUACCAGAGCGGCGAUCUGACCUCGGUGGUGCUGAUGAAGCGGGGCAGGAAGGUGGUUUGCGGCUCCAGCGAGGGGACCAUCUACAUCUUCAACUGGAACGGCUUUGGAGCCACCAGCGAUCGCUUCGCCAUCAAGGCCGAGUCGGUGGAGUGCAUCGUCCCCAUCACCGACAACAUCAUGUGCACGGCCUCCAUGGACGGGUACAUUCGAGCCGUCAACCUCCUUCCCAACCGGGUCAUCGGCUGCAUCGGGCAGCACGUCGGGGAGCCCAUCGAAGAGCUCGCCAAGUCCUGGGACUCCCGCUUCCUGGCCAGCAGCGCCCACGACCAGCUCAUCAAGUUCUGGGACAUUUCCAGUUUACCUAACACGACUGUCAACGAAUACCGCAAGAGGAAGAAGAAAGACGGCCGAAUGAAGUCUCUCACCAAGAAAGCCUUUGGAGAAAAUGAUUUCUUCGCAGGACUUGUAGAGGAAACGGAAAAGAAGGAGGACAAAGAGGAAGAGGAGGAGGAGGAGGAGGAGGAUGACGACAGUGACAGUGGCAGCGAUUAAAAAAAGCAGUUUUACUUGUUUGAAAUGUGUUGUUGCUGUGCCUCUGGACAGUUUAGCUCUGAAUAAGUGAAUGGACACGUCUACUGUUCGUUGGAGGCUUUUGUUACACCAAAGUGCUUCACAGUACCCUAGAGUACGCACACUAGCGAGGACGGCACGGUGGCAAACGUUAGCAUGUAUUCAACCUCACGGACACAAAAUAUGUGGUGGGAUGAACAGUGACUGUCCCAGCAGAGUACGCACUCUUUCCUUCAGAAAUAUUAAUUCAUACACACUGUUAAUGAACCAAAUAUAAGAUCGAAUGGUCAGAAACUUGGCUGCGUAUCAAACCUAAAUACUUUAUUGGUACAGACCAAAUGUGUCCAUAGCAGAUUCUUUGAUCAGUUAGUUCCUGAUUUAAAUCCAAAUUUUGCAAUGUGAGUUUUUUUAUUUAAACAAAAUUCUUGUACGCCUGCUUGUAUUUAGAAAACACUGAAUAACUUUUUUGGUAUCUGUACCAAAAGUAAGUUAUUGAAAAUAUUCAAACAAUAACCGGCUCUAUGCUUACAGACGGGUAGAAAGAUGAUUUAGCAGCAUUUAUAGCUGCUAGUGUGCUGGGUACAUUUGUGAAAGAAUUUAUUUGUAUUAAAAUUGAAUUCAUGCAACUUG